AUGUCAAAAUCACAUGCAAUACGUCCCAAUGGUCCACAAGACGAAAAACAAAAACACAAAUCCAAUCUUAAGAUACCAGCCACAACAUCCCCAAUAAAUGCAGCAAAACUCUGCAAUAAAUCAUUGAAGAAUGUGCCACUUACACCGAUCUUACAGCCACAAGCAGAGGAAAACAUUUUAGACCAGAUACUACCAAACCAGGAGAUGAGUUUUGGAAAUUUAGAUUUGCCCCUUAGCAUUCCUAUCAUGAAGUCGCCCGAAGCUGAACCACAAACAAUUAAAGAUGAAAAAACACAGACAGAUGAAUCGCAACGGAAAAGGAGAAGAACGCAAGAUCAGGAAGGCGAGAGCAGAAAAUUGGAAGAAACUUUAGAGAAGAUCGUGUCAUCAGUUGAAUCCAACAGAAGAGCUAUCCAGGGGGUAAGAAGAUCAGUAGAUCAGGUUACAGAUGUUUUGGGCGUACUGCAGAAGACAAUGGAAAGUAUCCGGGAUGAGAUUAGGAACGGUAGGAGGGAACAGGAGAGAAGAGGUGAAGGUACAGUCAGUUAUACAUAUAGACCAAGUAAAACAGAAGACGACAAAAGACACAACAGGAACGAUAACAUACCACGCAACAACAAGGAGGACAGACGACACAACCCAGGAGACGACAGAUCAUAUAACAGAGGAGAUGACAGAUCAUACAAAAAGGGAGACGACAGACUGCACAAAAGAAACGAUAGACCACACAACAGGGGAAACGACAGACAACUCAACAGUAACGACAAAAAAUCAAACAAUGAGCAGUUAUACAAACACAACAACAAAAGACGAAAAAGCAGAGAUGACAGGGAGGAUAAGGAAAACAGACCCUCAUUAAAGUCUGUAGUGAACAAGAAAUGA